AUGAUUGUGUGUACCAUGCAUGCAGUUGCGGUGAAGCGCUGUAUCGAGUUGGGCCGCUGCCUCCCCACUGCUUCGGAGGCACCCGAGGUUGCACCGCCAGCCUCUAUUGGGGCCCUGGUUCUUGUCAGUGCUGUCCCGCCCAAGGGUGCUGAGAGACCAGUUGUCCAGGCAGGCCACCUGUCGAUCCGUGGGGACAAUCCCUUGCUGCCAAGUCAGGCACCUGUCCUGUUGGACGACCAGUCAGAGAUCCUGGCGCAGAUCCAAGAGGACAUCACCAGCCUGGAACAGGUGCUCCGGUCGCCACAUCUCACCGGUGAGGUGAAGGAGACGGCCGAGGACACGCUGCAGCGACUUAGCCAGGCCAAUGAUGUCCUGGAAGAGCUUCUGGCGUUGCAGGAGCGCUACGUCCUGGUCGAGAUGAAAGUGCUGCAGGCGGACGAGGAGGCCGCGUUGGCAGCCGUGGUACUGCGCAGGGAGGCAGUGUCGACGCAGGCCUCCUUCGCUCCAAAGGCAAGAAAGUUGCCUUAUACCCAGGAGCGGCAAGGGCUUAGUGCUGCGAACAUGCUGAGAAGUAUGUCUAUUGCGGCAGUGCCCGCUCCAAUGCUGCGCUUCCUCUACAUGAUGUUCCCACGGGUGGAGUGGCGCGCGCUCUUCGCACCGGACAUCCUGCGAAGUCGCGACAGCCACCUCCUGAGCUGGCAGUGCGUGGAGAAGCAACAGACAGCUUCUUCGCAACGUGCAAGAAGCUAUCUAGAAUUUGUGCUGACUGCCAGCGCAUGA